CAGAGGAGGGACAGCGAGGCUACGGUGUUCAACCUUGGCCAGUGCCAGCCGGUGCCUUCUCACAGCCCUGGGAAAGGGGACAGCUGGGGAGGCCAGGCUAGGGGCCAGCAUUCCGAUGGGAUUUAAGAAGCCCUGGGGUGCUGUUGGGGCACAGGACGAGCUCUUUCAGCUGACGAUGAGGGCCCUCCUGCUGCUGGCUGCCCUGGUGGCAGUGGCCGCUGGCACCGAGACUUUUGUUGGGCACCAGGUGCUGCGCAUCAUCCCCGGCAACGAUAAGGAGCUGCAGAAGGUACAGGAGCUGCAGGACCUCGAGGAGCUACAGCUGGAUUUCUGGCUGGCACCCCGUGGCCUCGGGUACCCAGUCGAUGUCCGUGUGCCCUUCCCCAGCCUGCAACCCCUCAAAGCCCACCUGGAAGCCAAUGGCAUCUCCUACUCCAUCAUGAUCGAGGAUGUGCAGGCGCUGGUGGACCAUGAGCAGAUGGAGAUGUUCCGUAGCAGCCGCAGCCGACUACCGCUCUCUACCAGCACCUUUGACUACUCCUCCUACCACAGCCUGGAUGAGAUCUAUGCUUUCAUGGAUCUGCUGGUGGCCGAAAACCCCAACCUGGUCAGCAAGCUUGAGAUUGGUCACACAACGGAGAAUCGUCCCAUCUAUGUGCUCAAGUUCAGCAAAGGGGGGACGAACCGCCCAGCCAUCUGGAUUGACACCGGCAUCCACUCCCGUGAAUGGGUGACACAGGCCAGCGGUGUCUGGUUUGCCAAGAAGAUUGUCCAGGAUCAUGAGAAUGACAGUGAACUGGCUUCCAUCCUGGACAAGAUGGACAUCUUCCUGGAGAUUGUCACCAACCCAGAUGGCUUUGCCUUCACCCAAACCAAGAAUCGCAUGUGGCGCAAGACCAGGUCCAAGCAGUCAGGCUCUGUUUGCGUCGGUGUGGACCCCAACCGCAACUGGGACGCAGGUUUUGGAGGGUCUGGGGCCAGCAAAAACCCCUGCUCGGACACUUACCAUGGACCCUAUGCCAACUCAGAGCCUGAGGUCAAGGCCAUCGUGGACUUUGUGACGAACCAUGGGAACAUCAAGGCUUUCAUCUCCAUCCACAGCUACUCCCAGCUCCUGCUCUACCCCUAUGGCUACACUACCACUCCAGUGCCUGACCAGGAGGAACUGCAUGAGAUCUCUGAGAAGGCGGUCGCAGCUCUGUCUUCUCUGUAUGGCACCAAGUACAAGUAUGGCAGCAUCAUCACCACUAUUUAUCAAGCCAGCGGAGGAACCAUCGACUGGACGUACAAUCAGGGCAUUAAGUACUCUUUCACCUUUGAGCUGCGAGACACGGGGCGCUACGGAUUCCUGCUCCCCGCCUCACAGAUUGUCCCGACCGCCCAGGAGACAUGGCUGGCUCUGAAGGUCAUCAUGGUGCACACGCGGGACCAUCCCUACUAACCAGGACCGAGGGCUGAGUGGCGGCUGAAGCAGCUGUCAGGGUGGAAAGGAAAGCAAUAAAUAAAUGUAGAGAAGG